AUGUUGUACUCGUCACUAGCCUUCACCCUCAUGGCUUCGGCCGCAGGUGUACACGCCGGCUCUCUCAAGGACAUUAAGCACAUUGUUCUCUUCAUGCAAGAGAACAGAUCUUUUGAUCACUACUUCGGCACCAUGGCUGGCGUUCGCAACUUUGCCGACCCCAAUGUCAAGAAGAACAACGGUGUCCCCGUUACGAAACAAGCCAUCAAAGGUAACAAGAAUGGUGUAAGCACACUUUCUCCCUGGCACAUCAAUUACCUUGGUGGUGAUUGGAAGGACGCCACCCAGUGUAUGACAGGCGGCUCCAACGGCUGGGACGCCAUGCACGGCGCCUGGAAUAAUGGCCGCGGUGAUGGUUGGGUCACUUCUGAUACCGACUACAACAUGGGCUACUUCAAACGCGAGGAUGUUCCUACCCACUUUGACAUUGCCGAGGGCUGGACCGUCAUGGACAACUCUCACCAGAGCAUCCUCGGCGUCACUGACCCCAAUCGCAUCACUUGGAUGAGUGGUACCGUCAACACCAAGGGCUCCCCCACCAAUCCUGAUGGUAGUGGCGGCAACAUCCUCUCCAAUCGUGCCAGUCCGGGAUGCGAUUCGCCAGGUAACAACUGCUUCCCUUUCACCUGGAAGACUACCCCAGAGUAUCUCGAGGACGCAGGCAUCUCUUGGCGUGUUUGGCAGGAUUUCGAUAACUUUGAGGACAACAUGCUUGCCUACUUCAAGCAGUACCAGAACACUCCAUCUGGCGGCGCCCUUCGCGAUAAAGGUAUUUCGUUUCCAGGCCUUGAUGCAUUUUAUGACGCUUGCGCCAAUGGCACUCUCCCCCAAGUCAGCUGGAUCAUCGGUGGCUCUGAGCAAAGCGAGCAUCCUCCCAAUAUGCCUAUCGAUGGUGCUUGGCUUCAGCGCAAUGUCGUCGAAGCCGUUGUUAACAGCCCUCUUUACAACUCUACUGCCCUCGUCGUCAGCUAUGACGAGCAGGGCGGCUGGGCCGACCAUGUUAUUCCUCCCGUUGCUCCUCGUGAUGCUGCUGGUGAAUGGAUCACCGAUCCUUUUGAUUCUGGGCGCGGCACUGUCCCCAUUGGUCCUGGUCCUCGCGUUCCACGCUACAUUGUGUCCCCAUGGACUCGUGGCGGCAACGUAUUUGCUGAGACUGGCGAUCACACGUCCGACAUUAUGUUCUUGGAGGCUUGGGCCCAGGCCAACGGUUAUAAUCUCAAGAACGAGGGCAUCACCCCAUGGCGCCGUGCCCACAUGACCAACAUGGUCAAUGCCUUUGACUUCAACAACCCCGACUACUCUCUCCCCAGCAUAACCUCCGUUCGCACCCCUGAGGCCCUUGACUAUGAUAACUGGAGCGGCAACCUAACCCUUGGUUCCCUGACUGGUCCCUGGGUCGGCCCCUCUAAGUGCAGCAGCGGCUACAGCCACGGCAACCAUCCCCCUGUCCCCUAUGGCCAGCAAAACGCAAACGAGGAUAUGAACAACCUCGUUGAGGAUGGCCACAAGGAAAUUCGCGGCGCCAUUACCGAGGGUCGCUACGUCACCAUUGAGAGCAGCGGCCUUGGCCUCGGCCGUACCAAGGAUGGCAAGGUUGUCGGCAUCGCCGCCAGCGACAAGCAUGAGGACAAGUCCCAGCGCUGGGUCAUUACCAACUCUGACGGUGAUCGCUUUGGCAAGUCUUUUUACAUCCAAUCUGCUUCUGACGACAGCUUCGUCAGCUCCAAAGGUGCUCUCGUCAAGGACCAGAGCCAAGCGCAGGCUUUCGUCUUCGAGUACGAGUCUGAGACUGCAACCCAUACCCUGCGUCAGGCUGGCGCUGGCAACGGCCAGUAUGUUAGCGUUACCAAGCGCGCCAGCAAGAAGCGUGGCGACAAGAAGUGCCGCGACAUUGGCGAGGUCAGCUUUACGGGUUCCAAGACCUCGUACAAGAUUUACGGCGUCAACUACCGCUCUUAA